UCAUGGGGGAAGUUUCCGCCUCUUCUUCUUCUCAUGCCGUCUGUCAUCAGAGCAGCUGCUGAACCUUCACGGUCACAGUGAAUAUGCCAGGACUGCUGCUCGGAGAUGUAUUUCCUGAUUUCGAGGCAGAGACCACCACUGGCAAAAUUAAACUCCACGAGUUUCUGGGUGAUUCAUGGGCAGUCUUGUUCUCCCACCCCAGAGACUACACCCCCGUGUGCACCACAGAGCUGGGUCGAGCUGCCAGGCUGCACAGCGAGUUCAGUAAACGCGGCGUCAAGAUGAUCGCCCUGUCCGUCGACUGCCUGGAGGAUCACCACGGCUGGACCACGGACAUCCUGGCCUACAACUGUGAGGAGUUUGACGGCUGCUCGCUGCCCUUUCCCAUCAUAGCGGACAGUCAACGGGAGCUGGCAGUGGCCCUGGGCAUGCUGGACCCAGACGAGAAGGACAAAGACGGCAUGCCAGUCACUGCCCGCUGUGUGUUUAUCAUCGGCCCAGACAAAAGGCUGAAACUGUCACUGCUCUACCCCGCCACCACAGGACGCAAUUUUGAUGAGAUCUUGCGGGUGGUGGAUUCGCUCCAGCUCACAGCAGGGAGAAAAGUGGCUACGCCCGCUGACUGGAGGCCUGGGGACUGUGUGAUGGUUCCUCCGAGCAUGUCUGAGGAGGAGGCCGCCUCUUUGUUUCCAGAUGGCGUCUACACCAAAGACCUGCCCUCUGGCAAGAAGUACCUGCGCUACACUCCCCAGCCAGAAGCACAACAGUGACCUCUAUUGCACACACUCCACCUUCAUCUAGCAGCUCUCAAUGGUCCCCUGAUGCCCCCCCCCCCCCUUUGAUAUGGGAACAUACAUUCUGAAUAUGGCAAAAGUUUCUAUUUUUAAGCAGGGACAUUGUCUGGUGUGAAAAGUGAGGUUGGUGACACAGUGCUCCCUUUUAUUUCUGGACCAGUGCAAAGAGGAAGUGGUUUUCUGCUGCCAUUUACACACAGAAUGAGGUCAUUACUGCACUGAACAUAGUUAUACAUGGAACUGAUCUUUCCCAAACCAAAUGCACAACAUUAUGGAUUACAUGGCUUAAUAGUUGGGAGAAUUUUCUACUAUCAAAUAACUGAUUGUAAUAACUUUGGAUAUACUGAACCUGUACUCUAAUGACUGAAUGUAUGAUGUGUGAAUUUCACCUGUGUGGGACAAUAAAAGCAUAACAAGUGAC